CAGUGCGUACUGGUAGACCAUCUGGACUGGUUUGACAAGUCAACGCACCUUUUUGCUCCAACACGGACAAGAGUGAAACUUAUGUGUUCUGGUAGCUCGAGAGUGGACACUUUUCUUCCACAUCACAUCCCUAUCAUAUGUAAAAUGAAUUCCAGUAACAGAAAGCAUCUCGUCAUACUUUUGUUGUUGUUAGUGUGCACUGGCAGGACCGAUGCCUUUUUUAGGACUUUCAAAGAUUGGUAUGACAAAUUAAUACCGACACCGUCACCAUCCAACGAAGAAUGUACCAAGGAUUGGAUUUCCUUUGACGGUAGAGGAGUAGGAAAAGGUUUGAAGGCUGACCUGAAAAGCAGACUCUUUGGUCAACACAUAGCUGCAGAGGUCAUCAUGAAAGCUGUGGAUGGAUUAAUGAACAAUGACAACCCCAAGAAGCCUAUGGUCCUCUCUUUCCAUGGGAUAUCUGGGACAGGGAAGAAUUUGGCCUGUGAGCUGAUUGUAAAAAACAUCUACAAGGAGGGAAUGGACAGCCGCUUUGUCCAUUUCUUUAACGCUGCAAUACAUUUCCCACACAUCUAUGAAGUUGAGACCUAUAAGUCUCAGUUACAGCAUUGGAUCAGAGGAAACGUCACCAACUGUGCCCGUUCCAUGUUCAUCUUUGAUGAGAUGGACAAGAUGCAUGCUGGCGUAAUUGAUGGCAUAAAUCCAUUUAUGGACUACCAAUGCAAGCUGGAUGGCGUGUCAUAUUCAAACGCCAUCUUCAUCUUCCUCAGUAACAGUGGGAGUACAUUUAUCACACAGACCACUUUGGAUUCCUUGAAAGCAGGAAAAGAGAGAGAGAAACUCAAGCUGAAGGAUAUGGAGACUGCCCUUUCCCUUUCUACCCCUUUGUUCAUAUAUCGUGGGGUGAGUAACGUGGUGGACUUCUUCAUCCCAUUCCUGCCCUUGGAACGCCGGCACAUUGUCCAGUGUAUUAUGGUCCAGAUGAAAGCCAUGGACCUCAAACCAGAACAUGAGAAGGCCUGUGAAUUGGCAGACGAAAUCGUGUACUAUUUUCCUAAGGAUGAGAAAUUCUUCUCUGUCACAGGGUUGCAAGAGGAUUGCCAGCCGACUGAGAUUCUUCAUGUAAUCAAACAAGUGGUGGCGUCAGAUGUUGUGUUACACUAAUUGGCUGAAGGACUGUCAAUGGAAUAACUCCUGCCCACUGAAAACGAAAUUAACAGCUUAUUAAAGGCCAUAGUUAUCCUAUUUUGUCAACACUAAGCUUACUGAUCAAAAAACAUUGGAGAAUAUGAAAAGAUUUGGGUUGGCUCUUUCCCACAUGCCUUCAUGUCUGAAAUCAGGAGAAUAGUCUUAUGGUCUGAUACUUUAUUGUACUUUCCGAAUUGAUGUACAUUAAGUGAAAACAGUUGCCAUUGAACAAGAAGAUGAAUUACUUAAGGGAAAGCAACAAAUUGUACAGUUUAAGCUUGCAUAAUCUUUUAGUUUUCCACACAUUAAAAAAUAUUUGAUAUUUGUUAGCAACCAUGCAAUAUAUUGAGUUGAAUACAUUGGUUUGGAACAUAAUUAUUAAACAAUAUAAUGGAGGCAAAUCAGAUUUUUCCAACUGAAACUUUUAGGUUAUAAACAACAAAAAUAAAAGGAAAUUGUCAUACAUGUUGAUUGUAGUUUUCUUUGGCAUAGCAUGAUGAGUGCAAGACCCUUUUGACCUAGCCUGGAGACCAUCCUGAUCACGUGACUUUCUGUGUGUGGUCACUUGAUCAGAUGGUCCCCAGGCUAACCUUGACCUCCAUCUUAAUGGAAUACAAACACCAU